UCCUUCGCCUCCUCGCUCUUUCUCUCUCCAUCUCUCGCCCUUCCCGUGAGCCCAUUAGCCCAUCUGACAAAGAAGGGGACACGCCGUCCCGGGGACAGGAAUACACCUCUCAUCUGACACUCCCUACACCGUUCUGCCCCCACAAUCUUCUUCUUCUUUUUCUUUUUCUUAUUCUCUUCUUCUCCUCUUUCCUAAAACCACCAAAUGAAGCCAGAUUCUUAGAAGAAAAAAAAAAAGCUGGAAACAACUAUCCUUUGUUCCUCUUCCCUCUCCUGACCUCCCACUGCCCAUCCUCUGUCCCGGCCGAAGCAAAGAAAAAAAAAGAAAAAAAGAAAAAAAAGGGAAAACCCUCUGUAACAACGGUAAAAUCUCCAGCCUUUGGCCUUGGACUCGGUCUCUCCCCACCGCUUAGCAUUUAAACUUUCCUGGAUUCUCUUAUCUUUCUCUUCUAAGACCCUUUAACCCAGUCCGAGAUCUAAGACCAUGGAAGGGUAGCUAUCUUUGGCUUUAUGAGUUAGCCUAGUACUGGAAGCUAUUUCCCUUCAGUUGAUCUACUAGCGAGGACUCUUUCCUAUUCUCUUCCCUUCCCUAAUCUUCUCUUUUCUUCUGUGGCCUCUUAGGAGAGAGAAAAAUCUCAGCUUUUGGGGUUCUGGAUUCUUGCUUCAAUGCUGCUUAACUUUUAAGCUAAAGCAGUCGUCUUAAAAGCCUCUCUGGCUUCUUCACUUUUUGACCUUUUAAUACUUUCGAACGAAUGGUAGCCAUAUUUGCUCUUUUAAGCUAGAUAUCGAGUACUAGGAACCGUUCUCCACAAUUUUUUCAUAAAAACCUCAGCUUUUUUUUAUGGGGUUGGAGGCCAGUUUUAUUUGAGAACACCGCUAUAUUCUUCCUUGCAUUGGCGUGGGGAGGAGGGGGAGAUGGGGUGCGUUCACUCGAGGGUGGAGAAGGAUGAGGCGGUGCAGAGAUGCAGGGAGAGGAAGAGGCUCAUGAAACUGCUGCUGGGCCACAGGGCGGAGCUCGCUGCCGCCCACAUGUCGUAUCUCCAGUCCCUGAGGAACACCGGCGCCACCCUUCGGCAGUUCACAGAGGUGGAGUCCAUGGUCCCCGUGAAUGCCCCACCCAGCCUCGCAUUGCCCCCCUCACCGCCCCCACCACCCCUCUGCCCCCUUCUCCUCCACCCCCUCCCCACUUUAGCCCAAUUACGAAGGAGGGGGACGAGGAGGGUACUGAAGAGGACUCAAUUGAUGUAGAUGAGAUCGACAGCUGCCCGACACCACCACCUCCAGUCCACAGCUCGGCGUGGGACUUCUGGGACCCAUUCGGUCUGCCAACCUGCUCGAAUUCCCCUUCUCCAGUCCUUCAAAGAAAGGAUGGAGGAGAGGUGGUGCAGGGGGCCGUGGAAGAAGAAGAUUGGGCGGAGACGAACACGGAGUUUGGGGAAGACGCGGAGGAGGAGGAGAAAGUGGAAGGGAAGGAGAAUGCUUUGGCGGGUGCUCAGAAUUUGGUGUUGAAUCCCAUCAAGGAGAACUCUCCGGUCAGAGAAUUGGCGGAUGAUAACUCAUCCGCAGUGAGUUGGUACACCAAGGAUACCGACAUGGCGUUGGUGGUGUGGAGAAGCAAGAAGACGUUGGCCGGGAUUGUGAAGGAGCUGGAUGAUUAUUUCUUGAAAGCUGCAGCAAGCGGGAGGGAUGUCGCGGUUCUUCUGGAUUCCAACGACGGCCAGCGUCAUCCCUUUGACUUUGAAGGGAAAAGGGGGAAGAGUUUAAAGUCUGCCAAGGUCUUCAAUGCGUUGUCUUGGAGCUGGUCUUCCAGACCCCCACAGUCUAACAGAGGUGCUUAUGUUCAAGAAGCAAGUGAUCCUUGUAGGCCUCAAAACCAUUGCAUGACACUUGAAAAGCUUUAUGCUGAGGAACAGAAGCUCUAUAAGGCAGUUAAGGAGGAUGAGAUUGCUAAAUUCUUGCACAAAAAGAAAACCCUGUUACUGCACAAGCUCGAAGAUGGAGAACAUGACUGGUUGAAGACUGAGAAAACUCGAUCCAACAUUGAGGAACUACAGUGUCGAAUCAUUUCUUUGCAGGAGUCAAUUAAUGGGACAUGUAUGUCCAUUUCCAAGCUUAGAGAUGAAGAGUUGCAUCCUCAGUUGGUCGAGUUAUCUUCCGGGCUUAUGCAGAUGUGGAGAAUGAUGUAUGAGUGCCAUCAAGUUCAGAACCAUGUUGCUCAGCAGGUCAAUCUUUUAGACCACCAUCUUGGCACCGAACCAACAACAGAUUCCCAUCGUCAUGCCACAGCCCAGCUAGAAACUGAGGUCACUUCCUGGUACAGUUCCUUCUGUAACCUCCUUAAAUCUCAGCGUGAGUAUAUAAGCAUUAUCAACCAAUGGGUCAGACUCACUGACUGCCUUCCGGAUAGUAAUGGUAUAAUUGGUUCUGCAUCUGGUAUCCAUGGCCUUUGUGAAGAACUGCAGUGUGCCUUCGACAGACUACCUGACAAGGUAGCAGCUGAGGCAAUUAAGAGCUUUGUGUCAGUUGUCCACUCCAUUGUCCUGCAGCAGAAUCAAGAGUGCAACCUGCAAAAGAAAUCUGUCCGCCUUGAGAGCAGGUUGGAGAAAGAACUGAAUUCACUUUGGGAGUCGGAGAAGCACAAUGAACAUACAAUUGAAAAUCCAGUCCAAGUUGCAGAUUCGAAUCACAACCCAUUGUCGACAAAGCAUGGAAAACUUGAAGCUUUCAAGAAGAGGGUGGAGGAAGAAAAAGCCAAGUAUAUGAACUCUGUUCGCAUGAGCAGAGCCAUGACCCUGAACAAUCUACAAACAAGCCUCCCAAAUGUUUUUCAAGCUUUGAUGGGGUUCUCCAGUGUAUGUGUGCAGGCUUUUGAGGGCAUUAACCAAUCCACUGAAUCUGCGACUAGCCACUCAGAGGGCAUUUCACCUUUAUGUGCAUGAACCUGAUGGGCUUUUGAAACCAGUUGAUCUGUACUGGCGAAAAAAGGUAGUUGUGUAGUGUGAGGUGCGACACUUACAGUUGUAUAUCCAGACUAUGACGGCUUCAGUGAACCUUGCUGCAAGAGAGUUUGAUGUUUUUGAGAUUAACUGUUACUUUUUGAGAGAGGAAGAUUCUUUGAAAGAUAUGAGCUGUUGAAGGAAUUAGAAAAUCAUGGGGAAGUAGGCAGCUUGUACUAGAGAUAUGGGCAUGUUUUCCUUUUUGAUUCGUUCAAGAUGAUUAUAUGGAAGGGGCUUCAGUUCCACCUCAUGCAUUCUCGCUGCUUGAAAUCACUUCUUAAAUUGUGUAUCUUCUCCUUGCUGAAUGCUGUUUAAUUUCAUUUUCUUUGCAUGAGUACCCUUAGAAACGCCUGCUCACAUGUCAUCUGAAAACUGAAAACUUCCAUGUAUACUGACUGAAAAUUUUAAAACCUGAUUGUAUAUAAUCGUUGCUGGUCCCUUUUUGGUUAA